UACCCUAUGUGACACCAUGGAUAGACACCAGCUUCGACUGUUUGUUGUAAUGUUUUCGUCCAUAGUUACACAGAUUUGUAUCGUCAGAGGGGAGGUACUGGUACACUACAAAGGGAACAACUAUGUGGAAUGUCCAUCGGGUUCCUACCAAGUCGAAUUUUCCUCCAAUUGCACUGACAACUGCCCUCCUAAUGCACCGUAUAUAGUGUCCGAUUUAUGUUUGGACUUCUGUCCUGUGGGUUUAUCUUACACGUGUAAUAGUACAGAUGCUAUCCCUCAAUCAGCUGCAACAAAACCGGAAAAAACAGCAGUCUUGCGAUGCCAAAAAGGAAUUUGUCCGAAAGAGAGACCAUUUUGCUUUGACUUUCAUUGUUUGUCAGAUUGUCCACAUGAAAUGGUUAGGGAGGACUUUUCAUGCGUCUACCAUUGUUCUAAUACGACAUCGAUGGUUUACAACAAAUCAUGUGUAACCGAAUGCCCCCGAGACUCUCCCUACAAUGAAUCGGGUAUUUGUGUUUCAAAAUGUUCAACGUAUACUAUACUUUAUGGUAGCGUCUGUGUCCGUGACUGCCCAGUCAAAAUGUUUCGGUAUAAUAAGACGUGUACCACAUCAUGUCCAAAUCUAGCUCCUUUCGAUUUCGAGGCUCUAAAUACAAAAUUUUGCUUGGAAUCGUGUCCGGACUUCACUUUCGUUGAUCGACAUGUGUGCAAGCUACAGUGUCCGGAAGGAUUCCUUCUAUGGAACAGAACGUGUGUUAGAACGUGUCCAGACUCGGCCCCAAUUAUCUAUGUAUUGAACAGAAGAGUUCCACACUUUAAAAUUCCGAUUUGUAUUACAAACUGCCCCAAUGACACGUUUUCGGAUGGUAUUUCGUGUGUAAAAACCUGCGACAAGAAUAUGUAUGUGUUUAAUUCAACCUGUGUUGACCGCUGUCCUCCCAGCCACAGACUGUUGGAGGGCAGUACAUCACCAUAUUCCUGCGUCUCACAAUGUCGAAUCACGGAAAAUGUGAACGACAAUCGUUGUACUGCGGAUUGUCCAGGCAACAAAUUAGUUUUUAACAGAACGUGUGUCUCUGAAUGUCCCAAAUCUAGUCUGUUGGUAUUCAAUCAACAAUGUUUCUCUCAAUGUCCAAAGCAUUUAUUGAAUGAAUCUGGGACAUGUGUAAAAUAUUGUAGUUGGGGAAAUUACAUUUUCAACGCAUCUUGUGUAAAGAGGUGCCCAGAAACACACAGCUAUACUGGUUACUGGAAAUGCUAUAACAAUUGUUCAGUUGACAAUUUACUGCUUUGGAAUAACUCGUGUUUCUCUUCUUGUCCUAAACAGGCAAUCUAUAACUUCAAUCAUACAUGCUUAACGGUUUGUCCACCCUCCCACCCUUUUUAUAAAAGCGGACGAACAUCAAGAUAUUCCUAUCAAGUGAUUAACUACUGUGUGGCGUCCUGUAGUGAUAGCAUUAGUCCUGCGUAUUUGCUACAUGGAGGUAAAUGCAACUGUUCAGCACACUUACUCUCUCAUAAUUCUACAUGUGUUGAGAAAUGCCCAUCGCCAUAUAACUUGGUUCAUAACGGAGAGUGUCUUGCACAUUGUCCUCGGUUCUUAGUAGGUUAUAAUAACACAUGUCGAGACUCGUGUCCGGAACAUGCUAAACAUUUAUACGAUGGUUUGUGUGUAGAGGCGUGUCCAUCGUCACAUCCAUAUUAUGCAACGGAAGAGUGGGCUCCCAAUUUAUCAUAUUGUUACGAUAAAUGCGAUAUCAAAAAAGGUCUGUGGAGGUUUUCAUAUAACAUGACAUGUGUAUUUAGGUGUCCUAAUACAACUGUUUUAAAUGGAUCAAAUUGCAUCGAAAAAUGUCCAUUAGAUAAAUCCCUAAAAUAUAAAAAGGAGGACGGCUACGGGAAAUAUAUAAUCGUAUGUGUAGAAAAAUGCCCAGGGACAACCUUCACAAGAGGAAAGAAUUGUUAUGACCAGUGUCCAGAACCCUUAUCUUCUUAUUUGCUGAACCGCACGUGUUUAGAGCAAUGUCCGAAACAUAGUCGAUUUCGUUAUCAAUUUAUAACAAACGACAAUAAAUUUGCUUACAGAUGCAAGUCAUCAUGUGACAAACAUAUUUUCGAUAGCACUAGUUGUGUGGAUGUUUGUCCUCCCGACACCCCGUUGGUAUUAGGACAAUCUUGUGUUCCAAAAUGUCCAGCAACACACGUGUUCCACGAACAACAGAAAAACCGAUGCUUGGCAGCAUGCAAACCCCCUCUGGUUGAACUUAACCACACAUGUCUCAGAUCUUGCCCUGCAAGUAUUCCCUUUGUUAUGAACAAUACUUGUAUUGAAAAAUGUCCAAAACCGUUCAAUAUGACAUCACCUUCCUCUCAAGGUCAUACAUGUGUACAUGAAUGUAUAUAUCCGAUGUUCCGAGAAAACAACAAUUGCACACAGGCCUGUACUGGCAAGUUUAUUGUUAACAAUGUAUGUGAAGACAUUAUCGGAUGUCCGAAUGAAUACAGAUAUAUAGAGAUAUCUUCACGCGGAACAAUCUGUCGAAAAGUUUGUCAGAAAAACGAGUUCGUUUUCGAAGACGUACAAUGCACAAAAAAGUGUCCAAAAUUCACUGCCGGAAACCAUUGUGUCGAGAGUUGCCCAGAUACACAUCCCUACACAGUAAACCUUAAGUAUUCAUUUAGCAGGGACUCCACGUGUUAUUCAACCUGUCCAAAGCUUACACUUUACAAAUCUUGUGUUAAUUUUUGUCCCGUUUCCUAUCUUGUGUUAAAAUCGAACAAAACGUGUGUCAAGGAAUGUCCAGCAUCAUAUCCCAUUAAAUCAUACAACGAAUGUCUUAAAACGUGUCCCUCGCACCAGUUCCUUUCCGGGGAAAAAACUUGUAUAUCCAAAUCCGAAUGCGAUAGUUCGAAAAGAUUUUAUGUCUACGACUCAAAGUGUGUCACACAAUGCCCUAGUGGAACGUUUCGUAUUUAUUCAUACAACACCUGUAUUCCGAUGUCACUUGGUUUCCUUAUCAUGACUGUGCUGGCUAUCAUCGGCAUUAGCUGCCUCUUUGGAGCGUAUUUGCUGUUCAGAAGGAAACAAUUUUGUAGGCAUGAAAUUAUAAGUAACAAUGUUGAACAAGCAGAUACAGUUUACGGAUGUCUUAAUUCGGAGAUAGACGCUACGGACGAUGCAGUAGGGCACGAAUGCGAUGCUUCGACUUUAGAAAUGUACAACGAUUCUUCAACGUACCGACAAAUUACUCCGACAAUACAAACAAUGGACGAUUCGUCAAGGUUCAAACACGAUACACAGCCAAAAUGUGCUGUUGACGAUUUGUCAAGGUACAAACACGAUACGCAGCCAAUAGAGAAAAUGGACGAUUCGUCAAGGUACAAACAUGAUACACCGCCAAAAUGUGCUGUGGACGAUUUGUCAAGGUACACACACGAUACAUCGUCAAAAUGUGCUGUGGACGAUUUGUCAAGGUUCAAACACGAUACACUGCAAAUAGAGACUGUGGACGAUUCGCCAAAGUAAACACACGAUACUUCGCAAACAGAGACUGAUGACGAUUGUCAAGGUACAAAUGUUUUAUGAUUGUGACUAUCGUAUUCAAUCUUAUUGUUUUAUGAAAUUGAUUUAAUCUCGCUUUGGCUAUCGUAUUUAAUUCAAUUUUGCUGUAAAUUGUUUGAAUC